AUGGCAACUCUUUCAGAAGCCUAUAGAGACAAUCCUAUUGAUCUUCAACAUAUUAUUCCUCUCGAUUUCGACUCCGUUCACGAGUUACCUGAUUCACAUACAUGGUCUGAUCACGUCAAUAAUCUCUACUUAGAAAAAUAUACAUAUUUGAAGCACACACCGAUGGAUGAAGAAUCUAGUGUACCAAUUAUUGAUCUAAGUGCUCCAAACGUUGUGGAGCUUGUUGGCAAUGCAUGCGAAACGUGGGGUAUGUUUCACGUGGUUAACCAUGGUGUUUCCUCGAUUCUUGUCGAUGAUGUCGAAUCACAUGCUCAACAGUUGUUUUCGCUUCCAACUCAACAUAAGUUGAAGGCCCUACGAGCACCCGAUGGAGCCACCGGGUACGGCGUUGCUAGGAUAUCACCAUUUUUCUCCAAGUUAAUGUGGCAUGAGGGCUUCACCAUUAUGGGCUCCAUAGUUGAGCAUGCAAAGGAACUUUGGCCCCACGACUAUGAAGAUUUUUGUAAUGUAAUGGACAAUUAUCAAAAAAAGAUGAAAUCAUUAGCCUAUCAAAUCAUGCUUCUAAUCCUCAAGUUCUUGGACAUAACUAAAGAAGGAGAAGAAGAAAUGAUUUCUACAUCAUCUAUCUACGAAUGCGAAGGUGCACUGCAACUGAAUUCUUACCCCUGCUGCCCGGAUCCGAAUCGAGCUAUCGGGUUAGCCCCGCAUACCGAUUCACUCCUCCUCACUAUUCUUCACCAGAGUGAAACAAAAGGGCUUCAAAUUCAUCGAAAUGGAGUCGGGUGGGUAGCUGUUCCUCCAGUAUCCGGAGCCUUAGUUGUGAAUAUAGGAGAUUUAUUUCACAUUUUAUCGAAUGGAAGAUUUCCCACAGUUUAUCACCGUGCAGUUCCGAAUCAGGAUGCGCAUAGAAUUUCUGUUGCGUAUUUUUAUGGACCUCCGGCGGACACCAUUGUUGGGCCACUGAAUAAACUUCCGUGUCCAAGAUAUCGUUCGUUGACAGUGAAAGAGUAUAUUAGUCUCAAGAAUAAGCAUCUUGAGAAUGCUCUUUCUUUGAUCAAGUUUUGA